AUGAGCGACCAAACCGCAACCGCAACCGAUGCUGAAUCCUCGUACACCAUUUACGGUCACCCACCGCACCAUCAAGUCGAAGGCCACCACCCGCGACCCGAGAUCGAACACGCGAGGACGCAAGUUUGUUUCAAAUGUGGAUUCUUCUUCAACCCGCUACAAGGCGCCGGCAACGCGCCCGGGCAGAGGAUGUGUCCGACGUGCGCGGCGGGGUCGAACCCGCUGCACGCCACGAGCGCACCGCAGCAGCAGUCCUUGAUUUUGUGCCCAGGGUGGUGA